CUUACAUGGUAUUGAUGGCACACAUGCCCCUCUCCAGGUUUCUCCCACACCAGUUGGCCAACGAGCUGCAUUGGGGUGGCUGCCUGGCUGUGUCUGUGUGUGUGUUGGUGUGGAUGGACUGACUAAUGCGCACGUGUCGGUGGACAGAGAUCAAUACACACACACACACACACACGCUCCUUGGCUGCGCUGCCGUGUCUAUCUGUUUUGCCCCUCCCUCCUCUCCGUCUGGAUGGCUGGGGGACACACACACCAGUGGUGCACAGGAUGUGUGGAUGGAUGGAUGGAUGAAAUCUCUUGUCUGUCUUUGUGUGUGGUGUUCCGACGGCCAUGACGAGUGACGAUAUGGAUGACGCAUCGGCAGAGGAGGAUAGCGACGAGGGUGACGGCGACAACGAUGAUGCCGACAGUGGUGACGGUGCGGACAGGGAGGGAGGGACGGAGGGAGACAGGGAGGGAGGGACACACACUCGCGCGAAUGGAUGGCUAACGUGCCUUCUUUAUGUGUGUGGUGCAGACGGUGAUGGUGGCGAUGAGAGUGACCAUUUGGAUGUCGACAGCAAACACGGCAGCGGAGGUACACAGGAGCGAAGGAAAGAAGGCACACACAGAACACCACAGAUACCCUUGUCUCGAUCCGCAUCACAUACAUUUGUGUGUGAUUCUGUGUGUCUUGAUGACAGGUGAGAUGCAUCAGCCGAGGAGGAGAAUGGCGGCGUUGACGACACACACACCAAUCAUCAUUAUACCUACAGGUACGCCGACACCCCUCACACCCCGUGGUGUCUGUCAUUGAAUUGACCCCGAACCAUUCGUUUCUCUCUUUGUGUGUGUGUGUGUAUCCUGCCUGACCGGCUGCAGUAGCAAGUUGUCCGGUCGCCUCGACGCAUCGCAUAGCUGUCUGUGCGUAGAGUAGAUGAGAGGCUGAUGGCCCACCGACUCCGCGACUCCCCGACUGCCGGCCUGCCGGUGUGCAUCUCUUUCCCCCACUGUCGCGCCUUGUAUCUAUCUGUCUAUCUGUGUCGAUAGCCCUCCCUCCUGCUGGCUGCGUGUGACGUAUGGUGUCUCUGAUCGACUGAUUGAUGCACACGUGUGUGUGAGGUAGUUGAUCUGUGGGUCGCGUGUGUCUGACUUGCCCCCUCUCUCCAUCCACAUGCCCAUAUCUGACGUCCAUGGCUGCCUGGCUACUUGGCUAGUUGGCUUCCUUUGGGGGUGGUGCUGUGUCUCAUGGAUGGUGUCUUGACGGCUGGUGGGGUGUGAGUAUCGACCAUGGGUGUGCUUUACUUGUACAGCCUUGUCGCCUGCACUGUGUCGUGACCGUCAUUGAGACGCAUGGGCUGCCACCAGUGUGUCUGUGCAGAGGAGAAGUCGAUGAGACACAGGGGACAGUUGGAGCUGCUGACAGUCGACCAAGUGGAUGAAGCUAUGUGAUUGGCUCCACAUGAAUGUGACAGUUAAUUUUGAUAGCGCUAGUGCAGUGCAUGUGAUGCGAUAGAUACG